UAUUUUGGCUUCGCUGCUCAUUCGUCUCGCCGCCAUUAAACACUACGGAGGCAAUGUAAAUCCGUCGAGAGUCGAGGGAUUUGUGCCAUGACUCCAGCGGUUCGGGGGCUUUUAGCGAGGCCUGAUAGGUUCCGUGGGGUGUUAACGUGUUCGUGAAGGUAAACAUGUGAGAGGACGAAGGAGGAGAAACAAUUGGGAUUGGGAAAGGUUUGAUUGAGCAGGAGGAGGAGGAGGAGGAGGAGGGGGACUGGACGGGAAGGGUUUGUUGUGGUUUUCAGCAGCACUUGAGAAACGGAACGUUCGACCGACUAAAUCGGAUCCAUCAUGACGGAACAGAAGGUGAAGUGGGCCUGCGACUACUGCACCUUCGAAAAUUGGCCAUCCGCAAUCAAGUGCACCAUGUGUCGCGCGCAGAGGUCGAGGGGUCCCAUCAUCACGGAGGAACCUUAUAAAACCAGUCCCGAUCUGGACCCCAGUGUGGAGUGGGAUCCUCCCAGAACUGAGAGCGGCACUAGCUUGCUCAUCUGCCCCGACUCCAGCGCUAGGCCGAGAGUCCGGUCGUCUAGCAUAGCCGAGCUUGCCAAUAAGUGGUCCUGCCAGAUGUGCACCUAUCUGAACUGGCCUCGCGCCAUCCGUUGCACACAGUGCCUCUGUCAGCGUCCGAGGACCAGCAGCCCCACAGAGUCCCCCCAGACCUCAGGCUCUAACGCGGGCUGUCGUCCCGGCGUCCACUCCCCCGUGGACCCCUGUGAGGAAUACAAUGACAGGAACAGACUCAACACCCACCACCAGCACUGGACUUGUACAGCUUGCACUUACCAGAACUUGCCCAGAACUACAAAGUGUGUUGUGUGUAGCCUUCCUAAGCCCAACAACCUGGAAGCCAUAGAGCUGGCCGAGCCUGCCGAGCCCUCGGCCAUCAUCAAUGAGCAGGACAGGGCUCGGUGGAGGGGCAGCUGCAGCGGAGGCCAGGGCCGAAGGAGGUCCCCUCAAGAGGAAGACCACGUCAAAAUGGACUUCCAGAGGAUAGAGCUCGCAGCUGGAGCCGUGAGCAAAGAGGAGCAAGAGGUCGACUUUAAGAAGUUGAAGCAGAUUAGAAACCGAAUGAGGAAAACGGACUGUUUGUUUCUUACAGCAUGUGCUGGCGUUGUGGAGGGAGACCUAGCGGCGGUAGAAGCGUACAAGUCGUCCGGCGGGGACAUCGCCCGGCAGCUCACCGCUGACGAGGUGCAGCUCCUCAACCGGGCCUCUGCGUUUGACGUAGGCUUCACCCUGGUCCACCUGGCCAUUCGCUUCCAGAGGCAGGACAUGCUAGCCAUCCUGCUAACGGAGGUGAACCAACAGGCAGCUAAAUGCAUCCCCUCCAUGGUUUGUCCCGAGCUGACGGAGCAGAUCCGGCGGGAGAUCGCAGCUUCACUACAUCAACGCAAAGGAGACUUCGCCUGUUACUUCCUCACGGAUCUGGUCACCUUCACUCUGCCUGCAGAUAUCGAGGACCUGCCGCCCGCUGUCCAGGAGAAGCUGUUCGAUGAGGUGUUGGAUCGAGAUGUGCAGAAAGAAUUGGAAGAGGAAUCUCCGGUUAUCAACUGGUCUCUGGAGCUCGGCACGCGCCUGGACAGUCGUCUGUACGCCCUGUGGAACCGCACGGCCGGGGACUGUCUGCUGGACUCUGUUCUUCAGGCCACAUGGGGCAUCUACGACAAGGACUCUGUCCUCCGGAAGACGCUCCACGACAGCCUGCAUGACUGCUCCCACUGGUUCUACACGCGGUGGAAGGAGUGGGAGUCGUGGUACUCGCAGAGCUUCGGUUUACAUUUCUCCCUCAGAGAGGAGCAGUGGCAGGAGGACUGGGCGUUCAUCCUGUCUUUGGCCAGCCAGCCCGGGGCCAGCCUGGAGCAGACCCACAUUUUUGUUCUCGCACACAUUCUUCGAAGACCGAUUAUAGUCUACGGAGUGAAAUACUACAAAAGUUUCCGUGGGGAAACGUUAGGAUACACUCGUUUUCAAGGUGUGUACCUGCCUCUGUUAUGGGAGCAGAGUUUCUGCUGGAAGAGUCCCAUCGCCCUGGGAUACACGCGGGGUCACUUCUCCGCCCUGGUGGCCAUGGAGAACGACGGCUACGACAAUCGCGGUGCCGGCGCCAACCUCAACACUGACGACGAUGUCACGGUCACUUUCUUGCCGCUGGUGGACAGCGAGAGGAAGCUGCUGCACAUUCACUUCCUGUCUGCGCAAGAGAUGGGCAACGAGGAGCAGCAGGAGAAGCUGCUGAGGGAGUGGCUGGACUGCUGCGUGACAGAAGGAGGCAUGCUGGCCGCCAUGCAGAAGAGCUCCCGCCGCCGCAACCACCCCCUGGUCACCCAGAUGGUGGAGAAGUGGCUGGACCGUUACCGCCAGAUCCGCCCCUGUGCCUCACUCUCCGACGGGGAGGAAGAGGACGACGAGGACGAGUGAGUCAGGGCAACUGAAGAACUCUCGAGAGUGGAUGCUGUAGGCUCAGAAAGAUGGAAAGAAAGAAAGAAAGAAAGAGAGAAAGAGUGACGACCUUACUAUUUUUUUUUUUGUUUCUUCCUUUUCUCCAAAUGUAAAUCUUACACUUGUAAUAAUAAUGCAUGUCCUUCUGUGAGCUCUGUGGUAGAAACACAUACCAGCACCAUCAACCAGAAUCCCGAUCACUGCUCCCACAAAAAGCACAUCAUUUCCAUUCGGUUUGCCUUCCCCCUGUAAUACUCUGAUUUCUCCUUUUUCAUUUUGUCAUCAAGGUUAUUAUCUCCACCAGAGAGAUCCGCUAGAACAUAUAGGAAAAUAUACUGUAUUUAAGGAAAUCCCGAAGCUGCACUAAAUGAGGAAUUUUCAGAAUUGCCUGACAGAAAUUCUGCUUCAAACUGAGAGGAUGCUAAAGUGUGUGUGUGUGUGUGUGCGUGUGUGAACACCCGUUUUUUUCCGUUUGCCGAUCCUUCUGCAUUAAACGUUGGAUUUAUUUAUUUGUUUAGGAGAGUUAGCACGCGGAGGCGACGCCCUUUGUUCGGCCCCGUUUUAUCUUGUGUUCUGUUUGAUCCAUUCAGUCUUGAAGUAUUUUAUUUUGCACAGAUAUUACCUACAUUCUGUGAGGGGGAGGGGGGGGGGGAGAAAAAUGACGUACAAGUUUACUGACAUUUUUAUGUGUGACUUCAUGUUAAGAGUGGGUGGUGGUUGUGAUGCCGGUGGGGAAAAGAGAAAACACAAACACUCUGCCUCUUUCAGUGGAGAGCAUCAAUAUUAAAUUUGACUCACUUGCAUCUAC